CCUUACCAAUCCCGACAUGGUAUCAACAAGCGAGCUAGAGUCAUCGACAACAUCAACAACAUCAACACCGUUAACACCCCAAUCACUUAAAAGCUCAGAUCUAGUUCUGGUACCUUCUUCAAGGCUCGAUAUACGAUCCGACCAAGAGAUUACUGCAUGGCUUCAAACACCUCAUCCAAUCACCUCUGACAAAAAUGUGUGGGCAUUUUGGCAUUCAGGCUUCUCGCAAAUGUCUCCCUGGGUCCAGCGAAAUGUGAUCAACUGGGUGCGUCGACUCGGACCUGAAUGGACUGUCCACAUUCUCGAUCGUGUCCCCGGAUCUGCUACCAACAUUUCCCACAUCAUCGAUUCUUCCUUCUUUCCAGCUGCUUUCAAUGAGCACACUAUGAGUGGUCCUCACGUCGGUCCCCACUCAGCAGACUUGAUCCGCCUCCCUCUUCUUUAUCUCUAUGGAGGAGUCUGGAUGGACGCCGGCACUUUCCUCUUCAGACACAUCGACGAUAUCUGCUGGAAAACAAUUGAGGAUACAAACACGCCAUAUCAAAUGGCCGGUUUUGUCAUCGAGAUCCGACCCGGUGUUGACGCGAUGUUGAAUGGCUUCAUUGCUGCUAAGCGAGGAAACGGUUUCAUAAAACGGUGGCAUGAUAUUUAUGUUGCCCUCUGGGAAGGUGUCACGGAAAGCAAAGGGUUUCAUGCUCAUCCGCUACUCCGCCACUUACCUCUCCUAUCGCCUCCGGUAGACAAGCUAAAUUGCCCAGAUCUUGGGGUAUUAAUGGAAGCCUUUAGUGACUACUUGGCGCAUUUCCUUUGCUUUGAGAGACUUCGCAAACUGGUUGACCCUGCUGAUGGUUUCGAUGGCCCAAAAUACUACCGAGAGAACAUGUUUCUUGUGCCGGCUAUGCAGGAGACAUACUAUUUCCAGAUGAUGACUGGCUGGAAUGGCAUCAAGCAAUUUGAUCUCCUUGCCACGAGGCGUGAUGGUGUGCAUGAUGAAAAAUAUCUCGAGGCGGAGAAAUUUGUGGAUGAUAUGCUGGCGAAUACUUCCACCAUGAAGCUGUCUCAUGGGCCGCCUGGUGCGUUAAGCUCCUUUUUGGCUGACUUAUGGGACGACCCAAAGAACCAUCACGCCGAUAAUGAACCUGGAACUUUUGCUGCCUACCUUAGGUAUGGAAGUGUUCAUCUUGAUCAAACUCGUGUUCUUGAGCCUCUCCAAGCUGCUCCUACGAUUGAGGAGGUGCUUCAUGUAGGAGUGUUAGAGGUACCAGCUUAGUAGAUAGGACACUUUUCACGGUGAAAUACACCUUGAUUUAUACAUUACAUAAAGAG